AUGCCUGCCCAGCAGAAAGCACUCAUCGUCCGGUACAAACAGGGUCCGUUUGUCAUCCGAGCCGUCGACAUACCGACCCCCGGCUUUGGCGAGUUGCUUGUGAAAGUCGAAUCUUCCGCCUUAAACCCCGUAGAUUGGAAGAUGCAAACGCGCGGCAUCUUCAUCACGGAGUAUCCUGCUGUCCUGGGCCUGGACGCUGCUGGUAUUGUGGUAGGGUUUGGAAGGAGAGUAUCUGGAUUCGCUAUCGGCGACAGAGUGUUUACCGAGGGCGCGUUCGAUAACGCUCAUGCCACCUUCCAGCAAUAUAUUCUUGCUGACGCUGACAUCACAGCAAAGGUAUGCACCCAACAUGCUAUGUGUCCCUGCUUACCCCUUCGAUGA